CUUUUUAAUUAUUUAAACGCAUAUAGAAAACAGAAUAAAAGCAAGAAUGGGUCAACCAAAACCCUAGAAUCAAUCAAAAAUAGAGGAGACGCUAGGCGUAACAAAUAUUUUCUUUUUUUCGUGUCUAAACACUCAUAGUCUUCUCUGAGAAUCGAUUUCAUUUGUCAGGUAAUUGUUCUGCUGAUAAUAUGGCUGGUCAGAGAAAUAGUUAUGGGAAGCGGGCUCGUUCUCAGUUUGACUAUCCCGAUAAUGGAGCAAAUAAAAGGAGAAAUGCUGGUGAUGACAGGGAGCAAUUUAUUGUUGAUUCGGAAGAUACUGUUUAUCGGUAUUUAUGCCCUGUAAGAAAGAUAGGAAGCAUUAUUGGAAGGGGAGGGGAGAUCGUGAAGCAAUUAAGAGUAGACACUAAAUCAAAGAUUAGAAUUGGUGAGACAGUUCCUGGUUCUGAGGAGCGAGUGGUUACUAUCUACAGCUCACGGGAUGAGACAAAUGCUGUUGAAGAUGGUGACAGUUUUGUUUCUCCUGCUCAAGAUGCUUUAUUCCGGGUGCAUGACAAAGUUGUUGCAGAAGAUUUGCAUGGUGAUGAAGAAUCAGAAGGCCACCCAAUCACUGCUCGGCUUCUUGUGUCUUCUGAUCAGAUUGGAUGUAUCAUAGGAAAGGGUGGGCAGAUUGUUCAGAACAUACGCAGUGAAACUGGUGCUCAGAUCCGCAUUCUUAAGGAUGAUUUACCUUCUUGUGCCUUGCCCACGGAUGAACUUGUACAGAUAUCUGGGGAAGCUGCAGUUGUGAAGAAGGCUCUGCAUCAAAUUGCAUCUCGCCUUCAUGAGAAUCCUUCACGAUCUCAGCACUUGCUUGCUUCUGCCAUGUCCAAUGCAUAUACUGCUGGUGGUGCACUGCUUGGUCCUGCUGCUGGUGCUCCGAUUGUACCAUUAGCUUCAUUGGUGGGUCCUUACGGAGGAUACAAAGGUGAUGCUGGAGAAUGGCCACGCUCAUUGUACUCUGCUCCAAGAGAUGAGAGAUCAUCAAAAGAAUUUUCCCUUCGUAUAGUUUGUCCGAAUGCUAAUAUUGGAGGUGUAAUUGGCAAAGGUGGUGCAAUAAUCAACCAGAUCAGGCAGGAAUCUGGUGCAGUCAUUAAAGUUGAUAGCUCAAGCAGCGAUGGAGAUGAUUGCUUAAUAACAAUAUCAGCCAAGGAGUUUUUUGAGGAUACAUUUUCACCUACUAUUGAAGCUGCUGCAAGGUUGCAACCAAGAUGCAGUGAGAAGGUUGAAAGAGACUCCGGAAUUAUAUCAUUCACAACCCGUUUACUUGUGCCAACCUCACGUAUUGGCUGCCUUAUUGGUAAAGGAGGAUCUAUUGUAACUGAGAUGAGGCGGAUGACAAAAGCUAACAUUCGUAUCUUGUCUAAGGAAAACCUUCCUAAGAUUGCAUCUGAAGAUGAUGAGAUGGUCCAGAUUGCUGGAGACCUUGAUGUUGCGAAGGAUGCCCUUGUACAAAUAACAACACGGCUAAGAGCAAAUUUUUUUGAUAGGGAAGGUGUUGUUUCUCCAUUAGUGCCAGUUUUACCAUAUCUCCCUAUGCCAACUGAGGGAACAGAUAGUUUGAGUUAUGAAAGUAGAGAGAGCAAGAGGCAUGGACGGGGGCAUACCUAUUCUGGUGGUUAUGGCAGCAGUGAUUUAGCUCCUAGUGAAAGCUAUGGAACUUAUGGUGCUCCCCAGAUUGGUGUUAGUAACAGUGCUUAUGGAGCUUAUGGAGGUUAUUCAUCAGGACGCAGUGGUCCCUCUGGGAGAAAUGCUUUGAGAUGAGUGAGCAUUGCACUAUUAUAAGCAUCAUAUUUAAAUAUGUGAACUACAUGACUUAAAAGUUUUCUUCAAGGGUUAUCCAGCCAUAACUCUGUUUCCCGGCGCAAAAACUAUGGUUACUAAAUUCUUUUUGAUUGGGUUCUGAUGCACUUGUUUUCCCUUUGUUGCCUAUCCAUUCCCAUUAAAACAGCUGAGAUUUACGAUGCCUGAAGCCCGCCUAGUGCCUACUUUGAUGAAGCCUGCCUAAACCGGAAGACCAGAUGAACCAGGGCCCACCUUGAUGCUACUACCUAGAAGGACCAAAUAUAUGUGGAGAUAUUACUAUUCUCUUUGAAAUUUGCCAUGUCCAUGCCACCAAAAUACCAAGCUCUAUAAUAUGUGCUCCCAAGAACCUUGCUAGCCGGAAAUGCCUGUUGCUGCCUUACAGUUCCUUUUUUGUUUGAUGUCUUUUCUGCUGAGUAGUUUUGCAUUUGUUUAGUCGUUCAAAACCUUGUUGCUUCUUCCAUCCACUGACUGUUGUACCUAGUGCCUGGUUUAUAAUUUGUCUUCUGCUUUCUCUUAAUUGUUCAGUUGUCUGAAUUUAUGGUUGGAUCUUAUCCUGAACUUAACCAGUUUACCCUGAAAAGUAUUGCAGAAGACAAUCUGGUUUGCAGGCAUUUUUAUUAUAUGUUAUUAACAUCUAAAGCAUCUCAGUAGUCCUUGAGCUGAUUAAUGUUUAUUAA